AUGGUCCACACUCGGCAACUCUCGUUCCAAUCUGUUGAUCCAGAAGAAACAAGCGGCAUCUUGGGCAACUUCUUGAAGCAAGAGAACGUCUACCUCGGUGGAUCUUCCAUGGGCAAAGGUCUUCGAAAGGCAGCUCAAUACCAUUUGGAAAAACGUUCCACCACUUCCGUUCUGGCAAACGCUCUUCAGCUUCCGGGAGCAAGUGAACUUACAGCGGACUGUCCUGCCCUCAACGAAGAAGCUUUCUAUAUUGUUGACCUUGGAGUCCUCUUCUCCCAAGUUUACCAAUGGCGUCGCUUCUUUCCACGUGUCGAACCUUUCUACGCGGUCAAAUGCAACCCUGAUCCCGUCAUCUUGAAGACUUUGGCCAUUUUGGGAUGCAACUUUGAUUGUGCAUCUCGCGCUGAGAUUGCACUGGUCGAAGAAGCAGCCAAGGGUUUGCCAAGAAAGCCAGAUAUUAUCUACGCCAACCCAUGCAAGGCUCGCGCUCACGUGAUCGAAGCCGUGUGUAAGGGUGUUCGCAUGGUCACCUUUGACAAUGCCACCGAAGUUCAAAAGUGUGCUUCCAUCAGCAAGAACAUCCAGCUUAUUCUACGUAUCGCAACAGACGAUCGGGGGAGUCGAUGCCGAUUCAGCACCAAGUUCGGAGCCCCUCGAUACAAGUGGAAGCAUCUUUUGGCGGCUGCCAAGCAAUAUGGAUUGCCCGUCAUUGGCGUUUCGUUCCACGUUGGAUCGGGAUGCCGUGAUGCCUCCAAGUACGAGUUGGCCUUGAAGGAUGCAAAGGAAAUCUUUGCCAUGGCAGAAAACGAGUUUGGAAUGAAAAUGAACCUCAUUGAUAUCGGUGGAGGAUUCCCUGGUGAAACUCACAGUUUGUGGAAUCCUGCUGAAGAAAUCGACGACGAGGAGCCAGACGAAGUGGAAGAAAAGAUUGGAGUCGAAGCAAACAAGGAUAAAAAGGAAGAGGAGGACGACCACUUCAUGUUCUUCACUGAAAUUGCAGCCGAAGUAGGCCCUGCACUCGACCGACACUUUCCACCAUCGUCUGGUGUUCGUAUCAUUGGCGAACCUGGCCGUUACUUUGCAGCAGCAACCUCCACAUUGUGUUGCUCCGUAAGUGCAGCUCGUUCCAGUGUCUAUGAUACCUCCUUUGAAGAGACUCCUGUCAAUGACAAGGAAGCGUCUGCCGCCAUGGGCGAGAUGACCCGCAAAGAAGAAGGGGACAUUGUUCACCGUCGCACGGGCUCUAUCACUCAAUCCAUGAACUUUGACGAUUCAGUCUUUGCCUCAAUUCAAGAAGGAUUGAACGACUAUUCCAAGCUGUACGCCAGUCAACAACUGGCUCAGCAAGAGUUUGAUGUAUACAAUGAUAAAUUGAAUCUGUACGACGAAGGCUUUGAGACUGCCGGUUAUCUGUUGGGUCCACCAGAGGAUAGUCAGCUUGACAAACAACUACACACUGUGGAAGGUAUGGCAUAUCCACUUGUGGCAGCCACUGCCGAGUUGGAGGAGGGACAAACCGAUAAUAGUGCCAUGAUUACAUUGGCUGCGGCUGGAGAAGCUGCCGUAAAGGGUAUUGUUGUGCAAACCGUGAUUGAUACAGCAGAGCUCCAAGACGAUUACGCCUACUACAUCAAUGAUGGCGUCUACGGUGCCUUCAACAAUAUCAUGUUUGAUCAUGCCAACAUCCGUCCUCGUGUUCUCCGCAUGAAUCCAGUGGACGUUGAGAAGAAGUGGGCUGCUGGUGAGACAUCGGACGAUGGUAAUCGCGAGCUUUACGCCUCCACUGUGUUCGGUCCCACAUGCGACUCCAUCGAUGUCAUUGCUCGAUCCGUCCUUUUGCCAAAGCUCGAUGUUGGCGACUGGAUGUACUUUCAAAACAUGGGCGCCUAUACCAUGGCUGCUGCAAGUGCUUUCAACGGCUUUAGUCCUUCUGAAAAAUUCUACGUGUGCAGUGUCCAGCCCGAUUACUUUGAGGAUAUGAUCAAGGUCAUUUCGUCUGACAGUACUAGUGAAGAAGAAAAGAAGGAGUAA